AUGGGCUUCAAUAUUCCAUGGAAUGGAACACAGGCCGAAUAUCAUGUGACUCACUGCUUUUUGCCAAGCGAUAAGAUCGAUCUGAUAUCGUUCUCCACUUCAACUUCGCAGUUUUGCAAUGGCAGGCCCUUCAAGUUUGUCCCCGCUGCGCUCCCAAGCAUUCUCCCCCAAGCUAAGCCUAUCACCACAGAUCAGACCCAAGCUCCACCGCCCGCUUUGGCGCAGCCCUCUCUCUCUUUUACACAAGGCCUCCUUGUUGGCCAACUGUCUGUUGUCCUACUGAUCGGAGCCUUCAUCAAAUUCUUCAUAUUCGGCGAAGCUCCUCCACCUCCGUCCCGGAGCGGUCUGUACAAUCGUACGAGUUCCCAUCGACGAUCGUAUUCUAUAAAUGCAAUCUCUACAGAUUUUAGUCCGCGAACACUAAGAGAGAAGCCCUCAACGUCCAACAUACUCCGGCCUGUCCCCUCGUCCUCUACGAACACCCGCUCCAUCCUUCGAAAGACAUAUUACAGUGCCACGCCUACAAAUCCUACUUCCAAACAUGGCCGAUCACGCGUCCACCAUUCCUCUCAUCAGCCAGAAUCUCUGGACUGGUUUAAUGUUCUCAUUGCGCAGACCAUCGCCCAAUAUCGACAGACAGCAUAUAUCCUCAAGGACUCGCCCACGUCGUCCAUCCUCGCUUCUCUCUCUGAAGCGCUAAACAAUCCAGAGAAGAAACCUUCCUUCAUAGACACCAUCAAGGUAACAGACAUAUCGCUUGGCGAGGAGUUCCCCAUCUUCAGCAAUUGCCGCGUGAUCGCCGUCGAAGAUCCAAACUCUGACGGCGGCCGCCUCCAGGCACUCAUGGACGUCGACCUAAGUGAUGACAACCUUUCUCUGGCCGUCGAAACCUCCCUCCUCCUAAACUACCCAAAACCUUUCUCCGCCGUCCUCCCCGUCGCCCUCGCCGUCUCUGUCGUCCGCUUCUCUGGUACAUUAUGCAUCUCCUUCGUCCCCGGCCCCGGCACCUCAGAUCAAACAAUGGGCCCAUCCGCUUCUCCACCGAACCAAAGCACCAGCACCGAAACUGCCUCCAUCAACGACCAAACUUCCGAAGGGCAGAGCACUCAACGGCAUACUUUUCACCAACACAAGCCUACUAAUUCCACCCCGACCGCUGCCACCGCCGACGACGCACACACCAAACAUGCGCAUGGCAUCCCUAAAACAAGCCUCGCCUUCUCCUUCCUACCAGACUACCGCCUCGACCUCUCCGUGCGCUCGCUCAUCGGCUCUCGCAGCCGCCUGCAAGAUGUGCCCAAGGUAGCACAACUGGUCGAGGCGCGCAUGCAGGCAUGGUUUGAAGAGCGAGUCGUCGAGCCGCGCGUGCAGGUUGUGGGGCUACCGAAUAUUUGGCCUCGGAUGGGGAGGACGGGGGUGAGGGGCAGUCAGGAGGAGGCGGAGGCUAGGGCGGGAGUGGGGUCUGUACCAGUUGAUAUUCCUGGCACGGCUGGUGGGGAUGGGAUGAGAGGAAGGGGAGGGGGAGGUGGAGGUGGGGGCCUGAGAGGGAAUUCGUCAGGGCGAGGGAUGGGAUAUGAUGGAUUGCGGUAUCGACCUAAUGCGCAUGGUGAUGGUGGGACCGGCGUUGUGCAGGGUCAGGGUGCGGGCGGAAUAUUCUGUGAGGCCGGUCCACAGAAUCAGAACAGAGGAGGUGACGAUGGGGAAGGGCCCGGGAGGCGUAGCGAUGAGCGGUUUGCAAUGCCAGGGUCGAUGCCGGACUCGGUGGCGGUGACGUAG